GUGUCAGCUCAUGCACACUGCUCUGCAUGGCUGUGCACAGCACGGCCAUACAAAGCAGUGUGCUUACAGUGAAGCACAAACACACUCAGCACACAGUUAACCCUUUGAUCGCCCCUCAUGUUAACCCCUUUCUGCCCAGUGUCAUUAGUACACUGUCAGUGUUUUUUUUUUUUUAACACUGAUCACUGUAUUGGUUUCACUGGGGAUGUCAGUGACACCAAGUCAGUUUCCACCAGUGUCAGAAUGCUCGCCACAGUCCCGCCGCCAUUACUAGUAAAAAUAAAAAUAAGAAAAAUUCUGCCAUUUGUAAAUGCUAUAACUUUCACGUAAA